AUGGUGGUGGUAAAAGCAUUCCGCGUCUUGUACCGCAUCCUGGUCGAUUACUGCUCCAACUGUUCGCUGGCCGGCGUGGGGUACAUCUCCAACCGGAAGUACCACUGGACCGAGCGCCUAUUCUGGAUGGCAUGCGUGCUGUUCGCUUGGACCGGCUCGUACAUGCUGAUCAACACGUACAUGGAGCUGUUCCGCAAGGAUGCGGUCAGCAUCGUGGUGGAGAAUCUGGAUCCGCGCAAAGACAUUGCCCACUUCCCGUCGGUGGGCGUCUGUGAGAUGGGCUACACCAAGCAGCAGUACGAUGCGCUCCAGCAGGUGAUCGAAGGGUUGCGCACGACCGAGGAGAUGGAGUACAACUACGAUGUGGAGGAGUUUAUGUUGCGCCUGAUCUACCACAACCUGUACAACUACGGCUCGAUCAAGUCGUACUGUGCGAUGUACAAGGACUGUGACGACUGUGUCAAGUGUCCGGUGGAUGGGUAUCCAAGGUUCUCGAACGCGGUGCGGGCGAACUGUUCCCAGCUGUUUGAUGAGUGCCGCUGGAAUGGGAAGUUGUUUGAUUGUUGUCGCUACUUCCGGCCGAUCCAGACGACGAUGGGCUCGUGCUUUCUGCUCAACUCCAUACAGACUGUUAGCAAAUAUGGGCCACAGUGGUUGCGGAUGGAUAUGAGCAUGGCAUCGCCGAAGGGAGAGCUGCAGUUGAACUUUAGCCGAGCUACAACGGUGAGGAAGGCAGUGGAAAUGUAG